GCCGCUGGUGAUGAUGGCGGACGCCGACUUCCGGUCGUCGUCGUUGAAGGUAUUGGAGAGGUCUCCAGCACAGAGGCCGGCGCCCAUGGCUAGGGCGUUGAAUCUGUCCCCAGCGCAGAGGCCAGCGCCCAUGCCUAGGGCGCCAAGUAUAUCUCCGGCAAAGGAGCCGGUGGUUGUGGGGCGUGACCCUUCUAGUGAGGUGGAUCUGGAAGAGCCUGAUGAUGAGGGUCCGAGGGGGCCGGUGCCCCCGACCCUGACUGAGGAGUUAGCUCGGAUCAGGCUUAGAUAUCACGUCCCCGAGUCUGUAGUUCUCCUGCAUCCUUCGUCGGACGAGCUUCCAGACCGACUUGCAGAGGGGGCCGUCGCGAUCUUCAAGGUUGCGCUUCAGUGCGGCUUGCGGCUUCCUCUAUAGGGAGUAGUUAGGCGUUUGCUAGCUCACCUAGGCUUUGCCCUGGGACAGAUGAUCCCGAACGGGUGGAGGGCCUUGAUCGGCUAUGCGGUCCUAUGGGCCAAGCUAGCCAGCCUGAGCUCUCUGUAGACGAGUUCCUCCACCUAUACCAGUUAAAGCCGAACAAGCUUCAGCCCAACUGGUACUAUGCUUGGUGGAGCACUGGUGAGGCCAUUAUAACCAACCCUCCGACCUCCAAUAAAAAUUGGAGGGACAAAUGGUUCUGGCCCUCUAGGCGUUGGGAGACGGCCGAUCCAAAAUCGACUCAGCCCCUGGUCCCCCAAGCUUUCUCCGACCCAGGUCAGUAUUUUUGCUGUAGUAGUCUUUCGUCCUUUAGUUGAUCGGUUUUCAUUGCCAUCUAACAUGUGUUUUCUCUGUUGUAGCUAUUCCCAAGCAUCCUCCGUUGCUUAGCAGCGGGUCGCUUGCCCAGAUCAGGGAUUUGCGGGCGAUUAAAGGGGAUAAGAGGUCUUGGAGAGUACUUCUCUAGCCCGAGCUACUCCUUAAUUCGGGCUUGGACUCAACAGUCACUGGUAAGGAACUUAGGUAAGAUCUUCAGCCGAGCUCCACAACUUAGAAUUUGCUCAAGAACUUUUCUGACAUAUUGUUCUUAUGCGUUGACACAGAGAUGCUUGAAGCUCGGCCCUUCUUCCGUCCUCCUUCCAAGAUUCAUGCACCCCCUCGAGGUGAAUCGGUGGCGCCGAAGAAGAAGAAACAAAAGGCCUCCUCUAAGGCCAAGGGGAAGGUCGACCCUUACCCGGUCGUCCUAGAGGUCGAGGGAGAGGGCAUGGAGGUGGAGACCUCCUCUGGAGCAGUGGGAACAGUCGUUCCAGAAAACAUCGCCCCCGCCGAGGUUCAAGGGGCUUCUGAGCUUCCUGUCGAGGCUCGAGCUUCGGGCAGGGGGGAAGGCCGAAGUGAGGCGAGGGAGCCUCUGCCAGACCAUGGAGGAGAUCCUCACCUGGGCAGACCAACAUACGGUCGAGGAGGAGUACGUCAGCUUGUUCGACUCUCCCACGGAAACGACUGUUGCUCAUGUGUCGACGAGCCUUCUUGGAUUCGCCCCAUGUGUAUUGAAGGCGUGCGCCGAGUUUACUCGGAUGCAUGAUCGGGCGGAGGAGGUCGAGAAAAAGGCAGCCUAGUUGGAGGCUCGGGCUUCGAUUGUUGAAGCUGAGCUAAGGAUCGCGAAGACGGCUCUUUAAGCGUCUUUCGCUGAGAAGGCUGAGGUAGUUGUGCGGCUGGAGGAGGCCAAGGGUUGGCAUGAUGAGUGCCAUGCUUGGCUCCUCGAGAUCGAGGUGAAGCUGGAGAAGAUGAAGAAGGAGACCAAGGCUGUGAUCGCCCUAGCUCGGAAGGAAGCUGUACAGGAGUUCGAAUCGUCUUAGGCGUUCCUGGAUGAGAGGGAUAACCUCUUUCGCCAAGGUUACGCUGAGUGCGUGAGGGCGAUGAAGGAGACCUUCCCAGAGCUUGAUCUCUCUGCUUUUGACGAGCUAGAGUCGAGUUCCGAUGGGUUGGGUGACGAAGCGACUCCUAAGGCGACUUCCGAGCAACCUUCUGAGGCUUGAGGCUCGACUUCGUUUGCAAAGAAGUAUUUCCUUCAUUCUUCUCUAGCACUUCAAGUGCUGCUUGCCUAUGCCUUUUUUAGCUUCAAGCACUCCAGUCAUUUGUGGAUCAAUGUACAUGUAUUUUUCUGGGAUAUUACUGAUGUAAUCAUACCCUAUGGGCCUUAUUAAUGAAAAUACUUCUUUUUCUUGAAUUCUGAAUUUUUGAGCUGAGUAGAUUGUCUUUUACUUCAUAUGAGUAGGUCGGAUUGAGCUUAAGUUGUAACUCGGGCAUCAGUCGGAUAUUGCUUAGGGAAUUA